GCAUCUCUGCAUCUGGCACCUCUGCUGUCAAAAAACGAACUCGAUAUCAGAUAUGAUGCUUAACUUGGAUCAUUAAAAAUUAUAAGCAAAAACAGUGAAUAUUAAGGACAAUUUUACAUAGUAGAUAAUACAUGCUGCAGGUCGUAUUAAAGGGAACAGUAAAUAGAUCGUUAAAUAUACCGCAAUGGCUACCGAAGUAUUCAAGGGGUAUUCCGACUUACAGCAGGAGCUUAAUAAAGCUCGUGAUAAUCUGAAAGGCUUAAAUGAAAACAUUCGCAAAAUUAUUGGUCGGGAUCCUUCCACCACUGAACAAUACAACGCUGGGAACAGCUUUGGAGCAUAUACUCGAAGUGACACGAAAAAACGUAACUCCAGUGGAUUUGACCUUGUUAGACGAAGCGAUCAAGAACGUCGCUUCUCGGAUGUUGGCCAGAAUGUAGGUAAGCGACGCGCUUUGGGUGAAACCAAAUCGGUUUUUAGUAGGCUGUCGGGUCCACCUAAUCGAGAUGUCGAAUAUGAAAAACCGAGAGUAUAUUCACGGGUGAUUAAAGAACAACCUACGCGGCAAGAGGUUGUAGCUGCUCAAGGAAGUGAUGAAAAGUCCCGUGCGCGUAACCGUCGAAUUUUUGGUUCUCUGUUAGGAACAUUGCAAAAAUUUUCUCAGGAAGAAUCUAAACUAAAAUCUAAAGAAGAAAAAAAAGCACAGAUAGAAAAAAAACUGGAAGAGCAACAGAAAAUCGAAAGAGAAAAUCUUCGGAGAGAAAAACAAGAUUUAUUCACAGGUCGGAAACGCCAACAACUUGAAAUUCGUGCUAUAGAAACAAAAAUGAUAAAAUUACGUGACUUGGAAUCAUGGGAACUAUACAAAAAACCGCUAGGACACUUCAUCAAAACACAGACAAAACCUCACAUCUAUUUUCUGCCUAAAAAAAUGGAAGCAAAAAUGGAGAAAAAACUAGCAGAUUGUAGAGAAGAGCACAAAAAAAUGAUAGAGCAAAAACGACAAGAGGUGAUGAAAAGUAUCGUUGUUGUAGAAGAGCGCUUUCAAGAAGAUAUAAAGAGACUGGAAGAGUACGUAAAUCGCAAUAGUUCAAAUGAGACUACUCUCACCAGCUCUAAACAUGAUCGAUGCUCAACUGGUGACGAAGACGAAGAUUUUCCAGAUGACCACACAAAUAGUCUUUAUAAUGAUGAUGAUCAUUAUGAAAAUGUCGAAGGUCCUGCGUUGCCUUCGACAAUGGUUGCAUCUAAUUUCAAAAUAACCAUUCAAAAUCAUGAAAUUAAACAAGAAAAAAAUGAACCUCUACAUACAACCGUUCGCUUGAUUGAAGAAUCUGAUACGGUUACAGCAGUGUCGGAAAAAUCUCCCUUCAUGGUUCAGAAUGACAAUUUCCAAAUCACAUUUAAAACGGAUGGGGAUUGUUAAAUUUAAAAUUACCUGUAUCCCGUAGGUAAGAAUCUGAUUUGACAAAAAAGAAAAUACAGCCAUUGAUAAACAGUGCAAAAUAAUUCGACCAUUAACCUCUUGACUUAAGUGUCGGUUUUUGAAAUUUCAAAUGACAGCCAUUUUUACAGUUUGGGUCUCAAUAAAAAUAUUUUAUAAACAUAAAACAA